UCCCCAUGCAUUUCACUUGUUGUUUCCAUCACCCAAACAUCCCAGUUUCAGAAUCAACUGCUAAAAAACAAGCUAUGGAGAGUGGUGAGCCUAGCAAGAAAUCUUCUUUUCAGCUUCAGAAUCAACCUCCUCCACGUCCUUUCUCUAUAAAAAGUAUCAUCUUUGUGGCUUCCAUUGCCGCCGGUAUCCAAUUCGGGUGGGCCUUGCAGUUAUCCCUCCUUACGCCAUACGUUCAACUCCUCGGUAUCCCUCACAAAUGGGCUUCUCUUAUUUGGCUCUGUGGACCCAUCUCUGGGAUGCUAGUUCAACCCAUCGUUGGUUACCACAGUGACCGUUGCACCUCCCGUUUCGGCCGUCGCCGCCCUUUUAUAGCUGCGGGAGCAGUUCUGGUGGCUACUGCGGUGGUCCUUAUAGGCUUCGCGGCUGACUUAGGUUAUCUCUUUGGGGACAACCUGGCUACUGAGACGAAGCCGCGGGCCAUUGUGGUGUUUGUGAUAGGGUUUUGGAUCCUAGAUGUGGCUAACAACAUGUUACAAGGUCCAUGCAGAGCGUUACUGGCUGAUAUCUCCGGGAACAGCCAGAAGAAAACGCGGACGGCGAACGCCUUCUUUUCGUUUUUCAUGGCGGUGGGGAACGUGCUCGGUUUCGCUGCCGGUUCCUACACCCACCUCCAUAACAUCUUCCCUUUCACCACCACGAAAGCUUGUGAUGUUUACUGUGCGAAUCUCAAAAGCUGUUUCUUUUUCUCAAUUCUGCUUUUGCUGACGCUCACAACCAUCGCUCUCACAAACGUGCAUGAAAAGCCCUGGUCGCCGGAACCUGGAAAUGCCGGUAACCUAGGUGGCGGUGAGAUUGAGGAUGAGGAAGCAGCGGCAGCAGAGACGGCCCCGGUUCCCUUCUUUGGGGAAAUAUUCGGUGCACUUAAAGACUUGAAAAGACCUAUGUGGAUUCUCCUCGCGGUGACGUGUCUCAAUUGGAUUGCAUGGUUCCCUUUCCUGUUGUUCGACACUGAUUGGAUGGGCAGAGAGGUGUACGGUGGGGAUUCACAGGGAAACAUCCUCGUAUUGAAGCUGUACAAUAAUGGGGUACAUGCAGGCGCGUUGGGGCUCAUGUUGAACUCUGUGGUGUUGGGUUUCACGUCCCUUGGUGUGGAGCUCUUGGCGCGUGGAGUUGGAGGGGUCAAUAGGCUUUGGGGGAUUGUCAAUUUCCUGCUUGCAGUUUGUUUAGCAAUGACAGUUUUGGUGACCAAAUUGGCUGAGUCAAGCCGACGGUUCAUCACCGUGGACGGUGUCACAGUCCCUUUGCCGCCACCAGCAGGUGUCAAGGCCGGUGCAUUAUCUCUAUUCGCAGUACUGGGGGUACCCUUGGCUAUAACUUACAGCAUCCCUUUUGCAAUGGCAUCUAUAUUCUCUAGUUCCUCUGGUGCAGGCCAAGGACUUUCUUUGGGAGUGCUGAAUCUUGCUAUAGUAAUACCACAGAUAUUGGUGUCACUGGGGAGCGGACCAUUUGAUGCAAUAUUUGGUGGUGGAAACCUUCCAGCAUUUGUACUAGGAGCAAUUGCAGCAGCUGCAAGUGGAACAUUUGCCCUAACCUUGCUCCCAUCUCUACCCCCUGAUGUCCCUGCUGCCAAGACUGUAACUGCUGGCUUUCACUAACAGUUGUGCAUCCUGUAGUUCCAUCUUUCCCUUCUUUUGUUAUUAUAUAAAACACCGAACAAAGAACCCUAACCGGCAUUUUUUUUAAUGUAAAAGAAAUGCCAAGGCUUAGCUCAAAUGGCUUAUUUUGGUACUAAAAUGUAUGAAUAGCCAAAAUGGCCAUUUUAGUUUUAAAACUCAAAAAAAAAAAAAAAAAAGAAAAA